AUGGCGUUUCAAUACGACCCAAAUCAACAACAAAACCAGUUCUCUCAGGAGAAUGCUGGCAACGGUAUGCAACAGCAACAAGGCCCUCCACCACCUUCAAGCAUGCAGCCACCUCAGGCUGGACAGCAACAAGGUGGCCAAGAAGGUGGAUCUCCUGCCCCUUUCCAACAACAAGGUGGCCAAGAAGGAGGUAGCGUCAGCGGCGACGCGAAGACCACACUUUGGAUGGGCGAGCUUGAGCCAUGGAUCGACGAGAACUUCAUCAGAUCUGUUUGGUUCGGCAUGGGAGAAUCCGUCAAUGUGAAGAUGAUUAGAGACAAGUUCUCUGGAAAUGCUGGCUACUGCUUCAUCGACUUUGCCAACCCCGCCGCCGCUGCGAAGGCCCUCUCACUGAACGGUUCCAUGAUCCCUAACACCUCCCGACCAUUCAAGCUGAAUUGGGCUUCUGGCGGUGGGCUUGCUGAUAGACGUGAUGACCGCGGUCCUGAAUUCUCUAUCUUUGUCGGCGAUCUAGGACCAGAGGUCAACGAGUAUGUCCUGGUUUCCCUUUUCCAGGCUCGCUUCCCGUCUUGUAAAUCUGCCAAGAUUAUGACGGAUCCUAUUUCUGGUAUGUCCCGUGGCUAUGGGUUUGUUCGCUUCGCAGACGAGCAGGACCAACAACGUGCCUUAAGCGAGAUGCAAGGCGUCUACUGUGGCAAUCGUCCCAUGCGCAUCUCGACAGCCACACCAAAGAACAAAUCUGGCGGCGGUGGCCCAGCCGGUGGCAUGCCCAUGCAAGGUGGACCUGCUAUGGGACCUGGUAUGCCAGCUGCUCCUGGUAUGUACAGCAUGGGUGCUCCACCACCAAUGGGCUAUGGAGGUGGUGGCUACGGUGCACCUCAGCCAAUGAACCAGUUUACCGAUCCUAAUAACACCACCGUCUUCGUUGGAGGUCUCUCUGGUUACGUUACCGAGGAUGAGCUCCGCUCUUUCUUCCAGGGCUUCGGUGAGAUCACCUACGUCAAGAUCCCACCCGGAAAGGGAUGCGGCUUUGUCCAAUUCGUUCAGCGCCACGCCGCCGAGAUGGCCAUCAACCAGAUGCAGGGUUACCCAAUUGGCAACUCCCGUGUUCGUCUAUCCUGGGGCCGCUCUCAAAACAACUCUGGACCAGCUGGCACUCCGUACCGCCCAGCUCCACCUCCACCCCAAUACUCAUCCAUGGGCAUGCCUCCCGCACACCCAUACGGCCAAUUUCAACCUCUGCAGUAA